UUCAAUUCUUUUCUAUGUUUCUUAGCUUGCUUUGAUCUCUACCAUGGCUUCCUCCUUAUCUCUUCAAUGUUGCUUGAUCUCUAUCCUUUUCGGGUCUGCAUUCGCUCAAUUGUCUGAGAACUUCUAUGUAACAUCAUGCCCUCAAGCAAACUCCAUAAUUCAAUCCCAAGUUAAAUUGGCGGUAGCAAAGGAGGCUCGUAUGGGUGCAGCAUUGUUGAGACUUCAUUUCAUUGAUUGCCUUAUUGGUGGAUGUGAUGGUUCUAUUUUGCUUGACGACACUCAAAGUGCAAUCGGGGAGAGGACUGCAUUAGUAAAUGGCAAUUCAACAAUAGGAUUUGAAGUCAUAGAUGCGAUCAAAGCUCGGCUAGAAAAAGCAUGUCCAGGAGUGGUCUCUUGUGCAGAUAUCCUAGCAGUGGCUGCUCGAGACUCUGUUGUCAUGCUUGGUGGACCAAGUUGGACGACGCCAUUAGGAAGAAGAGAUUCAACCGAAGCACAUAAAGAUUUGGCUGACACCUUAGUUCCUGUCUUUCUUGGAGAUGUUAAUACACAAAUUGGAGCCUUCGCAAUGAAAGGCUUUAGUAAGAAUGAAUUUGUGGCUUUAGCAGGUAGCCACACAGUAGGCUUAGCAAGAUGUCAAUUUUAUAGAAAACGUGUCUAUGAAGCUAAAAACAUAGACCCAACCUAUGCGGCGUCAUUGCAAGCUAAUUGCCCUAAGGAAGGAGGGGAUAACAACACAGCACCAAUUGACUCUACAACUCCAUUUGUGUUUGAUAAUGCAUACUUUGUCAAUCUAAUGAAGCAAAAAGGUCUUCUAAACUCCGAUCAACAACUAUACACCGGAAAAGGAGGACCCACCGACGCCAUUGUUGCUAAUUAUAGCUCGAAUCAACAAGCAUUCUUCGAUGAUUAUGCCAAAGCUGUUGUAAAAAUUGGUAAAAUGGAAGUUCUUACGGGUACACAUGGAGAAGUUAGGACUAAUUGUAGGAGGGCCAAUGGUGCAACGAAUUAAAAUUAAUGAGCUUUGGAUAUUAAUUUUGUUUUUUGGAUAUAAAUUUCAUGCUUAAAUUAUUGUUAAUCAAUUUUUCAAUUUGAUCAAGUAUUGAUCUAUACAAUUUUUAUAUCAUGUAGACUAAACAAAAUACUCCGUAUGACACUCAUUAUAUCUUCUCCUCAAAUUUAUAUCUAGCGAAAUGAUU